AUGCAAACCGAUAUUUCUGAGCCCGUUAUUGACGAGCCCGAUAUGAAGAGAGUGCUGUUGGUUGGAAAAGCGGUGCAGUCGCCGUAUUCACCAGAGAGGGCGCUGUUUCAGCAGUCUCCCAGCAUCCACCGCGCAGUCACCCAGCAUCCACCGCGCAGCCUCCCAGCAUCCACCGCGCAGCCUCCCGGAGCGGAGGGAUAA